AUGAAUUGGCGGUCUGGAAACCUUGCCUUGCCUCACGACUCGAACCGACCCCGGACGAACAUGGCCCUUUUCGCGUACACCGAACGUCGAAAUCCCCCAAUUGUCCCAAAGACUGAUUUUUCCGUGUUUUCGCAUGGAGUACACUCACCCGCUUUCCGCCACCAACAUCGACUCGCCGCCGAUGACGUACCCGGUGUCCUUCCCCUCCAGCUCGCCGCCGUUCACGCCUGCAAGGUCAAAGUUAUGUUCAAUAAGCUCCUGUCAGACACGACGCUGGCUUGCGGAUGGAUACCAUUCGUGUCUCAGAUGAAGCACACCGGCUGGGGCUAUGAUCCCACAGCGCCCAUGCCAUCGCCAUCCACAACAUCACAUGGCCGGAUGGCCAGUCAUGCCCCACGAGAUGAUCUGCACGCAAGGUUCAAGAUGAUUCCCGCUGCCAUUGUCAUGUCGUGUUCUUCGAAACGUCGAGCUGUCGCUCUCCUUCACACUCAGGGCGGUAACAUGACUUGCUUGCAACAGCUGGCUGCUGCGAGAAAACAUGACUCUGAGCAUGCUUCUGAGUUGGUCCAGGUCCGGCUCGCCUGUCUGUACUUUCAACUCCAUCCGCUGUAA